GCCGCGAACGCUACUCUCUCUCUCUCCCCCAACAGGCUGCUUCAAGUGAAGCUUACUCUCCCAAUAUUGAACCCUAAACCCUCCCAGAUCGCGAAGCGCAAAUUUAGACGAGUUUCCACCGGUAGAUGGUGGCGGCCGCAAUCAGAACACCAUAAGCAGUUCCUAUCAUCUUGUACCAUCCGAUCGCUUCGAUCUUCUUCGACAGGAAUUUUGAAUUUGGUAACGAUCAUUGCAAGAGUGGCGCUUGCAAGCGAAAGGGCUGAAAAAGAUGAGGCUACUUACACACAACAUGCUCUCCUCCAACAUCAAGGGCGUUGUCAAUGGCUUCCCUCUCCGAAUCGAAGUUGAGAAAGUUGUCGAGAAGCAGGUCGACUUCAACCCAGACUUCCUCAAGAACAUGUUCUCCAAGAUUGAAUGGAAGCCCCUUGUCGAUGCCUCUCGCACUAUGGGCUAUGCCGAACUUCCCGAGGAGGCGGAGUCGUCAAUGCUCGAUUCCCAUGACUUUUUGCAACGAUUCCACCAUGCGCUUUUGGAGCUACAUCUCGAGGAAGGCGCUCUUAUUUGCCCGGAGACGGGCCGCCGAUUCCCCGUCAAUAAAGGUAUCCCCAAUUUGCUUCUUCACGAGGACGAAGUAUGAGUUCGAGUUCCAUAAUGUAUGAAUUCCUCCGUUAUAUUCAGUGAGAGAAAGCAAGUUUCCAGAAUUCAUAUCUGGAUGUUUAUGUGAAUUGGAAAAUUAGGAUUGAAGCUAAUUUAUUAUUUACUAAAAAUAGUCCAUUUUUAUUUUAACUU